AUGAGUAUCACGAUUCCAGAAAUUUUCCGAAAUUGCUCUCAUGAAUAUCGUCUCAAAGAUAUCAAAUAUGUACAAUGUCAUAUACCUAUGGGUACAAAUCCAUGCAGAUUACUAAAGUAUGCAUCUGCUGCUGCGUUCAUUUUGAUCGGAUCGUUAUCUUUCUUGACAUCGGCUGGUACCUAUGUUGCAGUGACAACAUUACUUUAUUUAGCAAUUGUGCAUCCAUUGAGAUACCUGUAUACUGUUAAUGUUACUCGAUGUUUCCUUCUUGUUACUAUCCUUUGGCUUGUUUCCAUUGCUUUUUCACUUUUUCUUGGUUUGUAUGGUGCCACCUUGUUUUAUCCAGAAACAGCGCCAAUCUAUUGCUCAAUCGACCGCUGUCAACAACCCAUUGCUGUCUUUGUCGCUUUUCUUCUCUCUGCAUUCUUUAUUACUGUAAUUAUAUCCUAUCUGAUUAUGCUUUAUAUUAUUCACAGUAGAGAUCGAGACAGUCGAUUGGAAACUGACUUAAUAGCAAGAAAUAAUAUACGAACGAUGAACAGACUGGCACUACAUAUGAUAACAUUUACUGUUGGUUCAUUACCAAUACUUGUUGUUAUAGGAAUUGCAACGAUCAAUUUGAAAAACUUUGCUGUUUUAGGUUUGGGUGAUAAAUCAUCGUGUAAAACAUUCCUUCAUGGAAGACUUUUUUUACAAGUUGAAAUUCUGGCGUGUAUUGCGGCAAUUGUUUGGGUUCUAGCGAUGAUUUUUGAUCCAGUUAUUAAUUUCUUAGCUGACCCAAAACUCGUCGAUUCGAUGCGUCCAUGGCGGAUACGCCAACAACAGAUUCCAUGCAUUGAAUUUCAAAAACCCAAUACUACGGCUACUGCUUCUAUAUAA